GGAUGCUCCUUCAUGGCCCCCUCAUGCCCCCCCUGAGGGCCGCGGGGUCCCGCACGGUUCGGUCCCCGCUCGGUCUUUGCCCUCCGUGUCCGCUCGGGCUCCAGCGGGCCGGGGCUGGCGGGGCUGAGGUGCCGCAGCACGCGGUGGAGCUGGAGGCGGCCCCGCUCCUCAGCUGAAUUUGGGGUAUUGACUAAACCCUCUAGCGCUUCACCGCUUCUCUGCCCGUUUUUAGGUGUGAUUUUGACAUGAGGAAAGGCUGAGAGAAUUUGGAGUGUUCAACCUGGAGAAGAGAAGCUGCAGGGUGACCUAAUUGUGGCCUUCCAGUACGUGAAGGGAACUUACAGGAGAGAGGCAGUCCCCAAAACCCACCAUGAUUUCUCUCUUGGAGCCCGGGUUCCUGAACGUCAUUGUCGGAGUGGUGUGCGGGGUGUGCCUGGGCUGGGGCAUCCGGGGGAGGCUCCGCAGGAAGCCCGGAGCUGGAGCGAUGCCAGAGUCUCCCGACAGCCUGGGGGGCGAGGCCGACAUCAUGGGAGAGUCCGGGGAGCUCAAGCUGGUGCUGAUCGUCCGCAACGACCUCAAAAUGGGCAAGGGCAAAGUAGCGGCUCAGUGCUCCCAUGCUGCUGUCUCUGCCUACAAGCAGGUUCACAAGAGGAAUCCCGAGCUCCUGAAGCAGUGGGAGUACUGUGGACAACCUAAAGUGGUCCUCAAAGCUCCCGAUGAGGAGACUCUGGUGCAGCUCCUGGCUGAGGCGAAGCGCCUGGGGCUGACUGUGAGCUUGAUACAGGAUGCUGGGCGUACUCAGAUAGCUCCAGGCUCCAGGACAGUCCUUGGGAUCGGACCAGGACCGGCUGAUGUCAUUGAUAAAGUUUCUGGUCACCUUAAACUCUUCUAAACCGGUACCAAAAAGAGCUGGAUGUGUUCGUGUAUGUCAGGGAUAAAAAUUCAAGUUGGGUUUGUGGGUUUUUUUUUGUAUCUUCCCUCAGUGUUAAUAAAAUAAGCAAGUUUUUUAAGA